CGUCACUCGACCGGAGUCAAUUGGAUACAUUCCAUGCAGCCAUAUUUAUCAUACGUGGAUUAGAACGACGACUUUUCUCAAACUUUUUUAGCAUUUUGGUACCGUUUUUGACAACAUGUCUACGGCUGAACUACCUUGCUACACUUUGAUUAAUGUUCUUAACGAUUCUGAGGCGCAGAGUGAGCAAAAGCUUGCCGAGGAUCUGGGUAAGUCAAACAAACCCCAAACGGUAUUUUUUCAGUAUGCUAGUAAAAUUGGUUAAAGAACUAACAUUUCCCCUUUUUUAUUUUUCAGAAAAAGGCGAUCUCAGGGUUAAAACAGAGGCUCUUAAGAGAGUGAUCCAACAAAUUUUAAAUGGAGAGAAAAUGCCUUCCUUGUUGAUGGUGAUCAUCAAGUUUCUGAUGCCACUUGAUGAUCAUACCAUCAAAAAACUCCUUCUGAUUUUCUGGGAGAUUGUUCCCAAGACUGGCCAAGAUGGUAAACUGUUACAGGAGAUGAUUCUGGUUUGCGAUGCAUACAGAAAGGUACAAAACGAGACAAUUUUUGUGUAUCCGUAACUGUAAAUGUGUAACACUAAAUUAGCACAUGCAGAGUUUAGGGAAGCUUAGAUAUACAUACAUGUAUAUAUAUAUAGGAUCAGAUAUUGAAUUUUAUGUACAUGGAUAUUGGUAAAUCACGUAGAUUGAAGUUAUUUCUAUAAAGUAAAUGUAUUUUGGGGAAAAUGGAGGGCUUUUUAUGGAAAAUAUGAGGAAGCAAGCCUGUGUAGUUUAUCGUGUGAACAACCUAAUUUUAUUUAAGCGGCCUGCAAACCCAAAACAAGGCCAAUCUAUAAGGAAAUCAUAUCACUCACUGCUGUAACUGGUAAAAUUUCCGCACAGCCCCAUACUAUUGUUAAACAAAUCUGUUUUCCCAAUAGCAAUGUAUUGUUUUUGUCAUUGUUUUCUCUAUUCAAGAACUGAAUGCAUAAUGAAGUAUGGGGCUGUGUGGAAAUUUUACCCUGUCACUUACAGUUAAAGUCAGGCCAUAUGCCACAUACUUUUGUGAACUUUUCAUCUUUUCACCCCUGAGAUAUAAGUAAACUUAAAUUGAUUGAUCCACACUGUUUUCCAUACAUGUCUGAUAACUUGACUCUUAGUACUAAAUGAAGCAGGGCAGAACAAAGUUUUAUUAAAAUUAAUGAAAGGCACCCUAACUAUGUCACCCUGAGAGAGGAUCAAAAAAAGAUUUUCUCCCUAUGUUAUCAAUACAAUUUAAAGCCGAAAGGUAAAGAGAGGAAAGGAAAUCAUCAAAGAGAGGAUAUUUCUUGUAGAGUCACUUUGUAAUCAUGGCGUGAUUUUCUAGCAAACCAGCAACCCAUCAUUCUUACUUCAAGAAGACCAUUGUUUAAAAUUUUUUUUUUUUUCUGGGUUAAGUGUAUAAUGUCUACUUCUGUCUUUACCAACACUAGGAUUUACAGCAUCCCAAUGAGUAUAUCAGGGGAUCUACUCUGAGAUUUCUUUGCAAGUUAAAGGUGUGUGUAACUAUUGGCAUGCACUGUAUUCCUUGUAAUGUCAUUGUCAUUAUUUAAUACAUACAUUUGUAUUGUGGUUAAAAUGUUUCAAGCUCCAGGUAGGUUGUUUUGUAUUUCUUUGGUUUGGGCUUUAGUGUGACAAGCAACAUGUGUUGGAUCUGAAAUUCAUUACGCAAGCAACGUAACAAAGUUCACAUCUAAAAUGUUUAUUACCUCUUAUACUCUCAAGGAAGCUGAGUUGUUGGAACCUCUCAUGCCAGCCAUCAGAAACUGCUUAGAACACCGUCACUCAUAUGUGCGACGAAAUGCUGUAAUGGCAAUUUACACAAUCUACCGGUAAGCAGUUUAUAUAUUUAGGAUAAUUUUUUUUUUUAUUAACAAUUAUAUACUUUCCAAAGCUUGGGCUAUGUCCUUUUGAGAACUUUAAUUAUGAGAAAUUAUCUGUAUAUCUGUGUUCUAAGAGAUUAAAGUCAAUAACAUGUGAACAAUUUCUUGUUUAUAAGGAAAGAGAAAACUCCAUUAAGUUUCAUUUGCAGAAAAAUACAGUAUGUAUCCCAAAAUAUAUGAAAGCAUUUAAGGCUACUGUCAACUAAUUAAGGUGCCUUCUGGAAAAUUUGUCCCACCUACCUUACUUUUAAAGAAACCAUAGAAAACUAUAAAAUGGAUAAAGGGGUAAGUUUCUUAACAAACUGUGGUGCUAAGUUGGUGGGAGAGUAUAACAGGGUAAUUUAGUAUUAUCAAAUGAGUUGAUAACAUAAAUUGGCCACCAUAAAUAGUUUCAAAGCUGAUGUUUUGAAUGUUAGCCCUUUGUCAGAGCAAAUUAAAUGGUAUAAAAGAUUUCUCAUAAGUUGUGUAAUAAACUGCAUUUUCUUCAACAGAAAUUUUGACUUUCUAAUCCCUGAUGCCCCAGAGUUGGUACACACCUUCCUGGAACAGGAACAAGAUGCGUCCUGUAAACGUAAUGCCUUUAUGAUGCUUAUCCACGUGGACCAGGUAAUAUUAAAAAUAUAACUAGUCGGUAAUUAAUAAAUAAGUUUGAAUUCAUUUUACAAUUACUUGUGGCUUUGCUUUUUUACUGUUUCACCAUGUUAUAAAUCUUGAUGCUUUAUUUUUAAUCUAUAUGUAGGUUGCAAGUAAGAACUACAUGACUAUAGUGUAAAAGUGAAAUAAAAAUGAAAGAGGUUUCCUGUCAAUUUUUGCAGAAAAAACCAGAGGGGGUAAAAUUGAUGUUCAAAAGUCUUUUUAAAACAGGAUAGGAGUUUAUAGGUUAUGUAAUAUGAAAUUUUAGAAAAGGGAAUUACCAGCUGACAUACAAUUUCUUGCAUUAUUAGCAUAUACAAGAUUUUCCAACUUUAUCUGCAACCACAUUCUGGGGAGAACGAUAGUAAAACUUUGCAAUAAUGGGUGAUUUCACUUGUAUUAUACAUAGACACUCAUUUGCUGUUUUCUGUAAAGGAACGUGCCUUGGAGUACCUGAGUACUUGUAUAGAUCAGGUCAACACUUUUGGUGAUAUACUACAGUUGGUUAUAGUUGAACUGAUUUACAAGGUAUUCCUAAUGUUUUAUUUUUUGUGUUUCUUUGUAAGAGGUUUUGUAAAUGUGUGCUAAAUGUAGCUUUUUAAUAGAUUGUAUUACAUGCAAAAGUUAAGUAAUUUUCCCAUUGUGUGACUAUGGUGGAUCACUGUGAGGUUUAAUUUUGUAUUCACUUGAACAUCAUAGUUGAACCUAUACAGGACAACAUCCUUUAAGCAUCCACACUUAGUUACUUUCCAGUCACAUAUAAAGAUUAGUUUUUUCUUAACAAUAAUUCUGGAGGCGUAUUUUUUUUUUCAAUUUAAUUGUUUUCUCCAACCUUUUUGUGUUGUUGGUAAUACUGUAGUAGUUGCAUCUACAGUAUAAACAAACUUAAUUGUAAUAGAUUUUAUACUUAAACAGUUAAAUGUACGUCUAUACCUAGUUUCAAAUUAAAAGGGGUUUUAAACCAUGCCCACUCCUUACCCAAAGUCCACAUGCAACAAUUCUGUAUUACUGUGUAAAUUGGGUUUUUUAAAUAUUACUGAAUUUGAAGAUGGUAGUUGACACUAAACUCUUGUAUCAAUUAGUAAUGCAUAAUCUAUGUUUGAAGGUGUGCCAUGCCAACCCAGCUGAAAGAUCUCGCUUCAUUCGAUGCAUCUACAAUUUGUUGAAUUCAUCAUCGCCAGCUGUACGCUAUGAAGCUGCUGGUACUUUGGUGACCCUUUCAUCUGCUCCCACAGCAGUUAAGGUACAUAUACAAUCUAGCUAAUGGUUGAAAGUCUAUGAAUACACCCUUUCUUUUCAGAAUGUCGUUUUCAGUCCCUGGCAAUAAAUAUUCAAUCCAGUAGCAUACUCAGUUUCAUGAAGAGUUCAUAUACUCUCAAAGAACAGCCUGAAAGGAAAUAACCUGAAAUAGCAAACCAUAAGGGAGUAAACGCACAUACAAACUAGGUUCACAAGUGUGCAUUAGAGUAAUAGUUUUUAAUUUCAUUUCCUCUUGACUAUAAAUUAUAACUAUAUGGACUUUUAAAGGUAGAGCACUUCUUUAAUACAAGGCUAUUUUGAAAUUUUAUCAAAUGAUCAAUAAAUAUACAACAAUUUGCAUGGAUGUGUUGAUGAAUGAUAUCAGUGUUUUUUUUAUCUUCACCUAUCAGUCAGCAGCGUCCUGUUACAUUGAGCUGAUUGUGAAGGAGAGUGACAACAAUGUGAAGCUCAUUGUACUAGACAGGCUGAUUACCUUAAAGGACAACCCUUCUCAUGAGAAAGUCCUUAGGGUAAGUUUCUGAGUCUCAUUCCUUUUACAUGUAUUGAGGGGCAGCAGAAUACAUCACAACUCUUUAGCUACAAAAGGUGAUUGACAGAUAACAUUUCUUCUUCUCUACGAUGUGGUCUGUUUCUCUUUUUAGUCUAAGUUUUACAGAGUUUUUUUUUUUUCAUUUUGCUUUCUGACAGAUUAUGAUAUUGUAUGAGAAAAGAAAAACAGGAAUUUUUUUUACUUAAUCUAAAACAACAAUAUAAGAGAAGACAAAAAACAGGCUUAUCAUUUUAGAGUGAAAUAUCUAUCAAAGUCAUUAACUUUUUUGUAUAAAGGACAAUAAUUUCUCCUUCUAGGAAUUAGUGAUGGAUAUUCUUCGUGUGCUGUCCUCUCCUGACCCCGAAGUUCGCAAGAAGACUUUGCAGCUUGUGCUGGAUCUGGUUACUUCAAGAAACAUUCAUGAGGUAGAGAAAAUAGAAGCAUGUGGAUCAAAGAUCUCUUUGGUUUUUUUUCCUUUCAAAUACACUAGAUGGGAUUUCAGUUCUUUCCUGCUUAUAGGACAGGCUGAACACAUGACAUUUUGAACUUAUAUGUAAUUAUGUUUUCUUCAGGUUGUAGCUGUUCUAAAGAAGGAGGUGACCAAGACGCACAAUGACAGUGAACAUGAGGAUGUUGGUGGAUAUCGGCAGGUGUUUACAUACAUUUAGAAGUGCCAUCAAAUAUUUCUUGAGGCUCUUGUUCAUUUUACUCAAUCUGUACUGACUGCAACCUCAAUGGAUAUUGUGUAUUGUUAUUAAUGUUAGAAUUUUGUCUUUGUGUAGAUGCUUGUCCGUACUCUCCACACAUGCAGUGUUAAGUUUCCUGAUGUGGCUGUGUCUAUCGUACCAUUGGUAAGUGAAUGUAAUCAUAUGCACUAUGCAUACAACAUGGGUCUGGUAGAGGAGGAUUGAUAGAGUGAUAUCUGUACUCACCUCACCCCCUGGGUCAAUUCCCAAUCAUACACUGUAGUGUCACAUAGGGGUUGAGUUCAAUGUUGGUUCUACAUGAAGCCUUUUCUAUGCAGAGCAUAAUAGUGGGAGGUUUUUUGGAUGUUUUACAGGUAUUUCUCAAGAUUGUCAGGCUUACCUCCCUCUAUAGAAAGCAACAACCCAAUUUCCAAUUAACAGUGGACACUGUGCUUCCAUUAAAAUCUUAUUUACCUGCUUUUAUGUAUUAACCCUUUAACUCCCAUGAGUGACCAAGACGGAAAUUCUCCUUACAGUAUCAAUACAAUAUCAACCAGAUAAGUGAUGACAAUAAAGAAAAAUAUCAAUUUGGGGAUAAUUAGUUGAUGCAAUACUAAAUUCUCUGAACUAACAUUACAUGAAUUGUAUGGUUGACAGUAAGGAGAAUUAAAAAUUUGAUUUGGGAGUUAAAGGGUUAACUACUUGUUUAACUGACUGUAAGCUGAUGUGCAGUUGUUGGUGACUCAUUUAAUGAACAAGAUCAUGCAUUACUCAUACAUGCACAUUAGCCAAAAGGAUAGACUGCAUUACCUUUGCUGCUAUGUCUUACUUCUCUUUCUGAGUAGAUUUCCUUGCUGGUGUAAGUGUAAUUUUUGUCUUCCCUUUAGCUGAUGGAAUUCUUGGGAGACAGUAAUGAGCAAGCAGCCUUUGAUGUGUUAGUGUUUGUUCGUGAAGCAGUGCAGCGCUUUGAGCAAUUGAAGCCUGUAAUCAUGGAGAAGUUGUUAGAAAACUUCCACACCAUCAAGACUGUCAAGUAAGUUAUGUUUAAAUAAACCUACUUAACUGGAGCUUGAUGGAUAAAACUGCCUGACUGGAAAACAUAUUAUGAAAAUACAGUGUAUAUCGAUAUAUCAGGUUUGCGGGCCAAGUCAAACAAUCACCACGAGAAAACCUGACAAAUUUCUAACAGAGAGAAAGAGUGAUGAUUUUAGAUAUAUGAAUUUUCAUAUAUCUAAAAUCAUCAUUCGUCACUUGGAUGUUUAUUUGGACCCAAUUCAUUGACCAGCUCCCAGUUGGCUUGUUAGCUCAAUUGGUAGAGCGCUGCACCGGUAUCGCAGAGGUCAUGGGUUCAAAUCCCGUAGGGGCCUGAAUCUUUUUCAGGUCCUAUUUACAACUACUCGUUUCAGUAGUGUUCUUAGCUGCAAGGAUCUCUUAAUUUCAUCAGAGAGAAAGAGUAUUACUGAAGCAAUGAGCAAUGUUUGGAAAACUUUCCCUCGCAUGUGGGUCUCUUCAUGUCAGUAGAACCACCGGCCAUUCUGGCCUGCGCAUGAACAUGUAUGCGGACGUAUUGAUUAAGCUUAUGAUGCUGUUUUUUUGUUUGUUUAACCUUUUUUUGGUUGAUUUUGUCAUUUGUGCUAUUUUUCAUAGGAUUCACCGCCAUGCCUUGUGGAUUAUGGGUGAAUAUGCCAGCAGCAAACAGGAUAUUCUGGAUGUUACGGAAGAGAUCAAGAAGGCCCUGGGCGAUGUAAGCUACAGUUUUUUACAACUCAUCCACUUGCUAAGUAAUCAAUGAAUGAAUUAAGGGUGAAAGAAAUGAAAGAAGAAAAGGAAAUGGGACUUUUUUUUUUCAAGGUGGUUGUGAAUCGAACUUAUGACCGGAGCAGGUCCAAAUGAUUGACUUAUGUUCGGUAAUUUGGACAUAUUCCUGUCUGGUAUGUGAACAAGUGACCGAUGUUGCGAAUAUUUUUUUUAGGUUCCCAUUGUGGAUGACGAAAUGAGAAGAGCUGCUGGAGAUGUUACAGAAGGUAAAAACACCGUUACUUGUUAUUAAAGCUAGUUGUUUUGAGCAACCUACUUGAAAGCUCGUCAGAUUUUGGGCUGGCGAUGAUUUAGAGAGUUAACCAAUUUAUAUUUAUCUUUAGGAAAUACGUUCAGCGAUUUUUUCACAUUUUUGCUGUUAAUAAUUAUCUCUGCAGUCAUUGUUUGUGCUUAACUUGUAACGUGACUUUUCACUCUACCUGAAAUAAUUAUGUCUCAUGAAAAUAAUUAUGCAUCGAAAACAGUUUUGCAUUAAUAAUAAUUAUGCACCUCCUCUUCACUGCGUGUUCCUUAGGUUCAGAUCAGAGUGCUUCUCAGACAUCGGGUGGGCAGCGUCUGGUGACAGCCGAUGGAACAUACGCCACCCAAAGUGCUCUAAGCACUCCUGGAAUAACUUCUCUAACGAAGAAAGACGACGAGAAGAGGUGAUAUUUAGAUUCACUGAAUUUUAGAAGAACUUUGUCAUAACAUUCGAAGGUGAAGGAAAUCACUAAAUAUUAGUUCGGUGAGAAAGAAGAGCACAAAAGAGGCAUUGAUGAGAUAAGUAAGAUAAAGAGCGGAUUGAAUGUUAAACCCUUUAACUCCCAUGAGUGACCAAGACAGAAUUUCUCCUUACGAUAUCAAUACGAUAUCAAUACAAUAUCAAGCAGACAAGUGAUGAGAAUUAAGAAAAAUAUCAGUUAGAGGAUUAUUAGUUGAUCUAAUACCAAGUUCUCAAAACUAACAUCACAAGAACUGUAUGUUAGACGGUAAGGAGAAUUACUAAUGAGAUCUUGGGAGUUAAAGGGUUAAAGGUUGAUUUUCAAGAUACGCAAACCGCGAGUUAUGUAGUCAAAACGAAAGCUCUAGUAUUUUUCUGAGUUUUAAGGAGAGUGAAAAUAAAAUUAGAGCUUUCGUAAUUAUUGAGUGUAGAUAACUGAAUCUUUCGAUUUGUUGUUUUCCAACAGACCUCCUUUGCGUCAAUAUCUUUUGGAUGGUGAAUUCUUUGUUGGGGCGGCCGUCUCUUGCACUUUGACAAAACUUGCUCUGCGCUAUUUGGACUUGGAGGAAGACAAGGAGAAACAGAAUGUGAGUUUCAGGAUGUAUUGUGUUAUUUCUACAUAGCGUCAUUGGGGUUUUUUGUUUUUGUUUUGUUUUGUUUUAAAUACUGACCCUCUUUGAAGUAGUUGUAGUGAAGUGAUGUACUCCAAAGCAUCCUAAAUUGUUUUUUAACCGCACUCUAACACUGUUGUUCUGUUUUAGGUCUUCUGUGCAAACUGUAUGCUCAUCAUGGCCAGUAUUUUGCAUCUUGGAAAGUCAGGCCUACCAAAGAAGGUGUGUGUGCUUAUUUGCUUGUAGCUUGUGAAGAAAGUAAUUUUCAAGCUGGUGUGCAGUGACUUACGGCACUUCUCAUCGAGAAAUUCUUCUUUCUCCCAGCCCCCCUACCCCCACCCCCAAAGAAAAGAAAUAGAGAGAUUGGUAUUGUGCGCGUUUUAAUCGAUUAUCGUAAAACCAAGAAAAGAGAAGUCGCAAUGACCAAUCAGAGCAAAGGAAAUUUUCACAUUGAGCCUAAAAAGAAUUCAAGGCGUGAAGUGCGCGAGAAUAAGCUGCGAUUGGAGUUUAGUUUAGUAUGCAGCACGAAUUUGCUAAGUCAGUCAUACGGUUUCGUUAGGUAAAACUGAAGGAAUUUGUAUCACUUGAACUUUCAAUUCUGACGGUUUUUGGUGUUGCGUUUCAGAUUAUUACCGAUGACGAUGUGGAUCGUAUUUCUCUGUGUGUUCGUGUUGUUGCCGAGCGUGUGCCAGUCAUGAAGAACAUCUUCACUGUUGAAUGUCGCAACUCCCUGUCCUCCAUGUUGGACGCUGACAAGAGAGUGGAGGAGGAGAAACUCACAAAGGUAUUUCAUCUUGUAAUCUGUUUUACUGUUGUUCGUAAGCUAUACGGGUUAUCUUGGGUUAAAGAAUUUGUAAUCUUUUUUUCCAUGGUUAGGAAUUAUUUGGCAAAAUUGUUUAUGUAUUAUAUGAUGUUAAUUACAUUCUAUGAAGAGCUACGGGACGAUAUUUGUUUUCUCUUUUUAUUGUCGUCGACGUGCAAAAAAUUUUUUUUGUGUUCUACUGUCGCAAGGCAAACAAACCUGGACUAGACGCUCAGAAGAGGAGGGGUAGAUGAAUUUAAGAAAACUUUUUUAGUCGACCCAGUCAUCCACUUUUAGUAGAAGUGCUGAUUUUUCUGCUCCAUGAUGAUGCUAAACUUAGUUUAUUUUACCGUUGGUUUUGUUUUUAUUCACAGACGGAAAUUGAGAAGGCGCUGGCAAUCCAAGUUGAUGACCCAAUUCCCUUCAUGCAGCUGUUGGCCAAACCAGAUUCUGGAAUUACUGAGGUAAGAAAAAUAAUUGUUAUGUUGAUCUCUUUUGUCCUGCUUCGCAUGUUUGUUCGAGUUUGAAUAUCGUGUAUUUUCAAUUAAUCUCCAGGAUCAGUUUGCACUUGCUUUGUCUCAAGCGGUAGGUUCUACUGGAAAGAAGGACGACGAGCUUGUGGGAUCUAAACUAAACAAGGUAAAUAACGCGUUACCUCUGUUGAACAAACAUUCCAGUCGGUUCGAUGAAAUACAAACUAGUUAGUUAAAUGAUCAUUGAUUUUGUAUAGCUUUCAAAAUUUGUUGUUUUUAUUGUUGUUGAUGUUUUAUCUAUCCCGAAAAUUUAAUCAUAUUUCCUUUGGGAACAGCUGUAAUUCUUCCGGUGAUCAGAACCGAAUUGGAUGGUCAUGUUCUUUCAUCUGAUUUAAAUGUUUUGUACGCGUAAAGAUAUUGGAGCGAAAAUUUUAGAGAACACACUAGACGCCAAGACCAUAGAACAUACUAGAAGCAAAGACACUGUUUCUCCAAUUUCUUGAAGAAAAAACCAAAUUCUCCCAGGGUUUUCAUUCAAAAACAUACUGAGUUCAGUACGGAGAAUUCAGAUACUUAAAUGUUCGUCGUUUGUUAGGUGGCGCAGCUGACUGGUUUCUCGGACCCAGUGUAUGCCGAGGCGUACGUGAACGUGAAUCAAUAUGACAUCGUGUUGGACUUGCUGAUCGUGAAUCAGACUUCGGACACACUGCAGAACGUCACCUUGGAACUGGCCACGCUUGGUAAGUUAGCUUAUGUUUCGAGCCUCACAGUCAGAUGUUUUCAUUGAAAAAAUUAAUCUCUGCAGAGCAGAUGGAGGAAUGUUUGUCUUACUUCGAAGCAGGAAAACUUGUCAAGGACGAAAGUUACCAUGGUCAGAGCGCGGCUGUGUGAAGCCGUUAUUAAAGAGUUCUUGUCAAGUUUUGACACAGUCCUCUGUUUAUCAAAUACUAGUUACAAACCGUUCCUCUUUUGAACAUUUUUAUAUCAUAUUUUAGGAGACCUAAAGCUUGUUGAAAAGCCACAGCCCAUCAUGCUGGGACCGAACGACUUCUCCAACAUUAAGGUACGCAUAGCAGCGACUUUCCGUAGCAACAGGAUCGAAUGGACCUAAUGGUUAGCAUGCAGGACUUCAAAUGAAAAUAUCCGGGUUAGAGCCCACUGCCUUCCGUCCUCUACCCCUGCUGGGUGCCAACGUGUUGUUAGGCUAACUUGACAAAUUUCUAGCGGGUAUACCGGAAGUGUCCUGAUCUCCAGAUGUAGUCGGUUUGUCUUUGCCCCCCGACGUAGAGCGGCCGUAAUCUUAAAAAAAAAAUUAUUUGAGAUAAUUAAUUACAUUUUUUGCCAACUUUCAGGCGAAUGUGAAAGUUUCGUCGACCGAGAACGGAAUUAUUUUUGGAAACAUUGGUGAGUAUCGGUGUUUAAAGAAGGCCAUUUGGUCCGAUAUUGUCUCAUGCGUCCAUCCUGGUUUUGUUUUCCAACAUUAUGGUUCCCUGUUUCUUUCUCAAUGGAAAGAAAUCUUCAGUGAACAAGAUAGGCAAAUGUUUUCACUGUAGAGGUAUAAAAAUAGCUGAAAAAAGACGGGAAGAUUUUACGUUUUGCCGUUUGCCAUGAAUGUCAUAGGCCAUAGUUAACCAUCUAUAUAUAAAUACCCACUGCCAUCGUGUUCUGAGGAAGUUGUCUUUUUGAUCUGUUCCACAGUGUAUGACGUGUCAGGAGGUACAGGUGACCGCAACUGUGUGGUGUUGAAUGAUAUUCAUAUCGACAUCAUGGAUUACAUUGUACCAGCUUCUUGCACUGAUUCAGAGUUCAGGCGGAUGUGGGCUGAGUUUGAGUGGGAGAAUAAGGUAAAGGCACCUUUAUCAUCACGAGUGGUAUUUUCUCGGCCAACAUGUGAUGGCACCUCGGUGUUUUACUCUGCAAAAGGCGACCAAAACUUUGAUAUCGCUUGAGGGUCAGGUCAUGCUCGUUGUUUAUAUUCGUUUCUCAAACCUUCGGGUUCAAGGCAUGGGUGGCUUAAGUGCUAAAUGGACAGACUGGAUUAAUAUACAUCACGGAAAACCUGGAAAGUUCCGCAAUUCUACAAUGUGAUUUUCUAGUACUGGAAAGAAUGGAGCGGAAGACAACUGAAAAAAGCAUUGUCGUUGUUUAGUCAUUAGUUUUGCAUCGUAAUUUUGAGUUUACGUUCUCGAUCACAGGUCAUAGUGUCUUAAUGGUCCUGGAAGAGUCUAAGGAAAGCUGGCAGCAAUGUGAACCUUGUAGUUUUUUUCUGUAACUCAUGGUUUAGAAUUAGAUCCCGCGAGUUGGCCGCCUCGUCACCUUUAUGUCUGUUGUUUCUCUGAUCAUGGUUUAAGUUUGUAACAAGUAGCUUCUUCCUUUUUAGCGCUGCAGCUCAUACAGCGACUGAGUUUGCUUUAAAGGCACUUAAAUUGAUCCUUAACGUGUUUAUCUUUGUUAGGUGACUGUGAACACAAACAUCACCGAUCUCCGUGAAUACUUGGAUCACUUGAUUGCUUCAACUAACAUGAAAUGUUUGACCCCAGACAAGGUAUGGAAGCAAUGGCACUUUCCCUGUAAUGGAACACUGUUCGCUGGUCAGUGUUGAAAUUUUUUGUAUCGCAUAACCCAGCCCUCUAACUGCCCUUCCCCGUUUUUCUGCAGGCGUUGGCAGGUGAAUGUGGUUUUAUGGCGGCAAAUUUGUACGCCCGCAGUAUUUUUGGAGAAGAUGCUUUGGCUAACGUGUCAAUCGAGAAGCCCAGUGACCAAUCGGGGCCUUCAGUUACUGGUCACGUGCGCAUCCGAGCUAAGAGCCAGGUAAGAAUGAUUUUUUGAUAACAAUUAUAUGUUUAGUGAUAUCGUCCCAUGCGUGAGAUGAAACGUUCUACAAUAACUUGAGAACUCUAAUCAGCCUCGUAGAUGUUUUAUUUUAUAUUAAUCCUUGCACUCCCAAGAGUUAUUUAAAAGGAAAAUUUCCUUAUGUCAGUGGUACAAUUUUAAAAAGAGUGGUGGUGAGAAGAUAGAGAAAUAUUAACUAUGGGUUAUUUUUUGUGACUUAUAAUUAAAUUAUUUAACCUUAUGAAAUGAGUAUGGUAAACAGUAAAGACACUUUAUAUUAAGGCCUUGGGUGUGAAAAGGGUUAACCUCUCAGCCCUAGGUGAUGCUUCUCUAGUGUUCUGUGUGGUUCUCCUAAUCCCAACGAGCAGCUCAUAUACCGUGCUUUUAUCUUAUGUAGAAGGUAGUUGAAAUAAUUGGAAAAUUACUCGUUUUCGUCCUGAAGCGAAGGUUUUUUUUCCCGGGGAACCCCCUGUGAGUGAUAACGGGUUCUUAUGUGUCUUCAUUAUGCUGCAUUGCUUGGUAACCUCGUGAAAACGUUGUUGUACUUAUUUUUGAUUUCUUUGCAGGGAAUGGCUCUGAGCUUAGGAGACAAAAUCAAUCUCUCUCAGAAGAAAGUCACUAAGUAA